AUACGAGGGAAUUUUAAAACGGAAGUUUAUUGUUAUGCAUGACUUUCUCGUAUUAGUUGUUGUAUUUAAACGUUAUGAGGCUUUUAGGCUUGUCAGCUGCAUGUAACUUGUUUCCAUAUUUGGACAAAGCAUCCAAAAAACAUUUUCCAUCAAUUCAAGGAGAGCCAUGGAAACAUUAGAAUCUAUGUUGAAAGCUGUACGCGAUUUUCUUACUUUUCUUGAACAGAAUAAACAAAAUAUUCUCAAUAUAUCGUCUGUUCCAUCUGUGAAAUUUCAUCCAGUACCAGGUUGUUCGGAAUAUACAACCAGUCUCCCUCCUGCGAAAAAUGAUUACGUUGCUCAAACCCCUUUUGUACUGUUACCUAAACUUAAUGAAAACCCAGACAUCUCCCGAAGUGUCGAUGCAUAUUGUAAAACGCCCAAGUCAUCAAAGCCUACCCUUAAUCGUUUAAAUAUACCAUGUUCAUUAUCGUCUGAACUAUAUUCAUGGUGUCCUGUCGGACUACAAGUAGAUGGAGAUUGUUCUCUUGCUGGAAUAGAAAGAAGACCAAAUCAAAUGUCUUGUAGAUUUGUAGUAACUAAUCGUGUGUCAUGUGUUUCAGAAAAUGGCCAGAUUGUAUGCACGGAAGGUAACAAUAUAUAUUAUUUACGUGGGGGAUUUUCUUGGACAACAUUUUGUGCACUUUAUCCUAUGCUGUUAAUUGACUCACCUCCUCCUGGAAUAGUUGAUGCAUUUUCUAAUGGUUUUCCUGCACAUGAUUGGAGGAGUUGGACUCAAGGACUGCACUACUUUAUAUCUACUGCUUCCGAAGGGAUUAAGGAAUCUGUAGUCAUUAGUUCUGGUGUACAACCUAUAAAUAUGCCAAGUCCUAUUUGUGCUAAUAGGUUGCCAAAGGAAAAUCAGUAUAAGCAUAUAUUAAAUCCAACCAAUCGUGAUGUAGACCUAGAUUCAUUUGUUGGGAAUACAUUUCGUGAUUUGGAAAAAGAUUUGGAGCUUGCUGAUCCUGUUAAGACGAGUAUUCAAACAAAUCAUAAUCAUAGUAACAAUAAAUCACCAAUUGAAUUAAAUGAUAAUAAUAAUUUAUCAUCAAUAGAUUCAUUUUCUCAUUUCACUUCAGUAUCUGAAAAUCAUUAUCCACCAUUAACCUCUAUUCAUUUGUCAAAAAAAUUAAGAAAAUCGAAAUUUAUUGAUAAAAAUCAAUUAAAUGAUCCACAUCAUUUAAUCAACAAAAAAUCAAUAAAACGAAAUAAUCAAUAUUUAUUAACAGAUAAAGCUAAUUUACAUAAAAUUAAAAAACAAACAAAUAAAAGUCAAUUACGUAAUUUAUUAUCAAAUCAUCAAUCUUUAUUCAAUGAUCAAAGUGAUAAUAAUAAUGAUGAUGAUAAUAUUGAUGAACGUUAUCGUUUAUAUACAGCCUCAGGUAAAGUAGUUGAUGUUAGACAAUUAAAUCGUACAAGAUCUGGACGCAUUGUCAUACCGAAACUAGACACGCGUUAUGAACAAAGUGUUGUUUUGAAUCGUGGACAUGUAAUGGGUGUCAGUCGUAAUACAGAUGAUGAGGUAUGCAGUAAUUGUUAUUGUUCAUAGUAUUUAAUAGUAUUAAUGCUUUUUUUUUAAAAAAUUUAACGCAUCUAGUCAUGUGUAAGAACUGUACAAACUCGUAACGUUUGAAACGCGUUCAAAAGUGAAACUUACAACUGAUAGUUGAAAGCAUUUGUCGUCAAGCUAAGUUAAUCGUUUACAACUUCCUUAUUUGUAGCCUCAUAUAUUUUGAUAGCUACGUCAUAAACUGUCGGUCCUAAAAUAUACUACACGUACUUGCCUCAUGAAUUUCCGUUGCCGGGGAUAAGGUUCGCUAAAUAUAUAGAGCUAACUCAACCAAAUGCACAUGUGUCACUAGUCUCAAAUAGAUAUCUUCAUGUCGGCAAAAAAUUUAGUUCUACUCUUAUCUCCUUUUUAGAGGCAUAUGAAAAUAUAUUCGUCCAUGAUAUGCGUAACCAGAAUAUGUCAAUCUCUUGCACUAAUCAAGUUAAUUUUUCUUUCAAAAGUACUAGUAUCUUUUAUGCGUUUCGAUAUCAACUCUACUUCUGAAUCACAUUAAAAGUUCAUUUUAGGUGUUCUUUAGCUUCCAUAAACCUGUAAUGUAUAUUUUCUGUAAUUAUUCUUUCUUUUUUCCUUAUUAACUAAUUUCUUUGUAAUUGUGACAGUUUGUUACGUGCCGUCUAAGAUUAUUUGUCAUACACAGAUACAAAAAUGUGUACGUUUAUUUUUUAUGAUAUUCGGAUUUUCUGAAGAUUGUGUAAGUUCAGUAUUAUUCUUCCUAAGAAAAAUUGUUGUUGUCGUCGUCUUGCAUUUCGACAGAUCUUAUCAAACUUAUACCAAUCAUAGAAUGAACAAUUGUUUCUUAUUUUAUUUAGUACAAAAUACAUAUUAUUCUAACAUUUUAUGAUGAAUAAGCUUUUGUUCGGGAUGUUACAUCAUCCAAUAUGACGUUUAAAGAAGGGAGGUAAUCUUAAAUUCACAUAUCGAUUCAACGUAAAUUGUGUUCAAUUAAUUUAUGACGCAUUUUUCUUGUUGUAUUUCAUGUGUUCAGACUUUCAGUUUUAAGUAAUUAUUUGAUUUUUCAGUGUAUUUUUCCAUGUCAUUAUAGAAUUGUGGAGAUUAUUAAGUUUUUGAUUAAGAUCAUGAGCUGGUUGAUGUUAGACCAACGUAAAAAAUCUGGAAACACUAGAUGACCGUUUUGUCUUAGUAUAGGACUUCUCAGAAGUGCACACCCCACGAUUCCACCUCGCGAGAUUUGAACCCAGGACCUGUCGGUCUCGCGCGCGAGCGCUUAGCCACUAGAUCGUGUCGGGUAGAGACAGGUAUCUACCAUAGUACAAUAGAAGAUGGUCGCACAGUUUCGUGGAUUGGUAUUUUUCCUUGUAAUUGACUAAUCAAUUGAGGUUUGUGUUCAGCGGUAACUUCUCAAUCGAUUACCUUAAACGCAAAAUGAAUUCUUCCGCAGUCUUUAUCAAGGAAGCUUCUAUCCAAUUUGGACUUCUCAUUCUAGUUGGUGGAUAGAGAAGAUUAUGUCUCGUCCAUUAUAUUGAAUUUACAAAUACUUAGUUUAGUGCACGAACGAAUCAUAUUUCAUUGUUAAUCGCUUAAUCAAUGUUCUUUACAGUCUAUCUUCUUGUUAUUUUAUUUCAGACUUUAAUAUCUUGGGUCUCGGAAUCGUCUAGUCAUUAAUAGAAGCGGUAAUUAUAUUUUGUACGGGCGAUGCAUUUCAAACCCACUGAUUUCAUCGUGUACUUAUUUUUUUAACAUUUUGAUUUUUUUUUAUAUACUGUAUUUAAAACAAUACGAAUUAUUUAAUUAGU